AUGAUUUACGAUGAAUCGACGGGGACGGUUUUGCUCAUGAUCAUCGACGCGGCGGGCGGGGGGUGGUGGAACGCGCAGGAGGAGCGCUAUCGCCUCGCCGCCGCUUUACACCGCGCCCUUCUCAGUGAGAAGGAAACACAUCACUUUGAAUGCUCAGGCACCCCUGCGGAGUCCUUUUUUGACCCUAAGGAAGGGAUAGAAAAGAAUUAUUACGGUAUUAUGGCGCCUCUACGGCUACGCUCGAAAUCGCAAACUAAUAUCGACAUUCCUUUAAGCGCUUUUCGCCCUUUUACAAAAUGCCCGCCGCGGUAUUUCAUCGUAAAUAAAAGCAUUCGCAAUGCAGGUUUAGAAAGUGCAUUCAGCCCGUUUAAUUUUGCACAUGUUGGCUUAAAUAAGUCUGCGAUUCAUCUCCUUAGCGUUGUUUCUGUUGAUUACGUCGAGAAAAAUAUUUUACCCCGAUUAAUCAACAAUUCAGAGGAGGAUAAAAGUUAUGAUUUGCAGCCCUCGCAGCGGCUCACUUCUAGAACACGAUUAUCUGAAAAUUCUCCUUACAUAGUUACUGCGAAUAAUAAAGAAGAGGAGGAAGAGCUUAAUUUGGAAACUCCUCAGGAUUUGCUGGAUGGUUUGUGUGGAUGGUUAUUGAAGCGACGAGAAUUGUGGACGUCACCGGGGUUUAUUUGUAAAGAUGUUUGGAAUGAAGAGCUCAAGACGCUUUCUUCUACCAUCUUUAAGGAAGGUCAUAUGCAGACGCCUUUGGAAGUAUUUGACAACAUUUUAGCGGAAAGCAACGGCGUAGAAAAGAAGAGAGUCUCGAGCGUGGCUUUUGAUUAUUCCAAACGUUCGUCACAGCUUUCGGAUAUCUCCACAAAUCGAGUACAUGCAAUUCAAAGCCAAGAAAAGGUUUACGAAUGCGGUAUAAUUGAAGGUUAA